AUGCGGCGUAUGUCGUACUCUGGAGCAUUCACGACGACGAACCCGUCCCGCACGGGGCCAGUAGGCUUGGUGGAUGGUUUCCUUGUCGAGAUCCAUCCGCUGUCCUUUGUCGCACCCAUGGCUGAUGAUCGGCCGGAAGUGCUGUGUGGCCCCAUCCCGCCGGAGCUGGGAAACCUCAGAGAGCUGAAGAGGUUGUGGCUCCACUCAAACAAGCUCACAGGUGAAAUCCCGGCGUCACUAGGACAGCUCAGCAACCUCCGGACUCUCGAUCUGUUCAACAACAAGCUCAGUGGAUCCAUCCCGCCGGAGCUGGGAAACCUCGUAGCACUGAACGAGCUCGACCUUCGCGGUAACCAACUGACUGGCUCCAUCCCGCCGGAGCUGGGAAAGCUCGCAGCCCUGAUGGAAAUCGACCUUUCCUACAACCAACUGAGCGGGAGCAUCCCGAAGGAGCUCGGAGCGCUGAGCAAGUUGGAAAAGCUUAUUCUUAUUCUCUAUGGCAACCAGCUUACUGGUACCCUUCCGGUGGCAUUAGCCUCUCUUCUGGACAGUUUUGACAGGCUUCACAGUGUUGGAGGGUUGAACCUUUCCCAAAACCCGUGGGAACACCCUCCCGAGGCGAUCGUAACGGGUGGUAUGCUGGCGGUGAGAGGGUACUUCGAAGCCAUCUUUAGGGGCGGAACUACCGUUGUGACCCGACCGCUCAAGGUCGUCAUCGUUGGAACGGAGACUGUUGGCAAGACAAGCAUCAAGGCCGGGAAGCCGUGCAUGACAAGAGGGGGUGGUGUGGACAGCACUGUCCACGUGGAUGUCGAAGACCACAACCUCGAUGUCCAAGACCACAAAGCCGGUGGUCACCCAAUUAGGAUUUUCGAUUGUGCCGGCCAGGCUGCCUACUACGGACUGCUCCAGCUGUUUCUCACCCCUCGUGCUGUAUACCUAUUGGUUUGGGAUGCGGAGAAAGCCAGCCAGAUGGACGAGUUGAACCUUGAAGAUCUUGCCAUUGCUCCCUGGCUGAGGCAAAUGACUUUCCGAGUGCCGGACGCAAACGUGGUACUUGUGGGGAACAAGUGGGAUCNUCCUCGGCACGAGGACAAGAGCAUGCGCGUCUUGAAGGCCAAUGUGGUGGAGUACUCAGACACGGAGUUCUCCGAUGCUCAGCUCCGUAAGCAGUUUGCCGAUAAUGCCAAGAGGAUGGCUCGUCAGGGUCGUGCGCUCUGGCCGGCACCGGUGAUGGAGGUGGGUUCUUCUACCACGAUUGCUUCCAUGUACAAGCCAUGUGCAGGACAGAAAUGCCAUAUUCCCAUGAACACAGCCUUUGUCUACACCAUCAUAUGGCUCGACCUACAUGCUUGAAAAUGGAAGACUGAUCACGAAACCAAACUGUUUUAUGCACAGGUUCCGGCACCCAACCACGCCAGUCCAGGCCACCAGGUUCCGGCACCCAACCACGCCAGUCCAGGCCACCAGAAAUGCGCGACAAAACGACCGAUAUGGUCUAAAUUUCCAUAUUUCUCCGACCAAGCUGCGUUGGUAUACAGCGUACUAUCCUAUGCUUUCAAUAUUCAAUCGGCUUCGCCCGCAAGAUGUACAAGCCAUGUGCAGCCCAAAAUGCCGUGUUCCCAUGAACACCGGCCUUUGUCCAAACCAUCAUAUGGCUCGACCUGCAUGCUUGAAAAUGUAGACCUGAUCACGAUACCAUACUGAUUUUUGCACAGAUUUCUACUGUUCCGGCACCCAACCGCGUCAGUCCAGGCCGCAAGACGCCACUGUACCGGGACCUGAAGGCGUGUAUAGCCGCAGCCACUUUGGCCUGCUUCGCUAUCUUUGGGGUGUUCGCUGGGAAGGACGAUGACGACUCUCGUCUUUGGGGGGUGUUUCUGGGCCUUGGCAUCUUGCUCUCGGGGGCGGAGUUUGUUUUUUUUACCAAACAUUACGAGAUCUUGUGCUUCAAACGAAAAGAGGGCGCGGGCGCUGGAAACGAACACGGGGGUGAGGAGACCGCUUGAAAUGAACAAGGGAGUGAGGCUAGUGCGUAGGCCCCGUGCUUCCUUGAACAGGUAGUAAGCGAGGUGUCGGCAAAUCAGGGCUUCGAUUAGCCCUUUGCUCCUGAGGUUACAGGAAUAGCUCUUUCGCCGUUGUGGAAGGGUUGGAGUUUUGCAGCGUUUGGUAUGGCUACUCAAGAUCAUGUUGUCAGAUAUCAAGCGGUAGAGAGAAAGGGAUUUCAGCACUCGCAACGUAGGAAGUAUGCAUACUCCGUCGCAUAGUAGUCCCCGAAUCCAACCAACCGGUAAUAGGUGGGCACGUCAUUUUGGCAGGAAAAGGAGAGAGUUUGCGCCGUGCACCACCAGAAUACUUUGUGAAGAUAAGAGGGAGAAGGGGGGGGUGCGUUGCCUAGAUUUCUUCUUAACACGCACAGCAGAGGGUUGUCGCAUGUUUGAUCCGUUGAGCGUACCGUAUUUCGGUAGUUUCGUUU